AUGAAUACUUACCCUAAAUUAUCUGACGCUUUGGUUUUAUUUAAACAUCUUUUUACUGUAAAACUUACUGGUCAAGAGAAUUUUCAACUUUGGAAAGCAGAUGUUUCCUUAUUUUUAGAAGCUGUUAAUGUCUCUAAGGAUAGGCCUGUCAAAGAAAAUUCUGAUAUCCCUAAUUAUAUCUGCAAACUUAUAAUCAAAAGUAUUUCGGAAGAGCUGCAAUAUGAUUACGCUUUAUAUGAUAACUUAUAUGAUCUUCUAGAAGCUUUAGAUAAUCGCUUUAAUAAGCCUUUUCUAUCUCAAAUCAUCUCACUUAAAAGAAAACUAUAUUCUCAAUCUUUUUCUACGGUACAAGAAUUACUUACUGAUACAAACAAAAUUAUUUUACAAUUACGCAAAUUGAAUCAAUUUAUUCCUGACAGUGAAAUUGCUCAUAUUAUUUUGGCUUCUCUUUCUCCUUCUUUUGAAUCUUUCAUAUCUUCUCUAGAAAUUAAUGCAUCUCUUAAACAGAUACAGCAACGUCUUUUACAUAUCUCUAAUCUCAAUGAUGCUUAUGAAGAUUCUACUAUGCUUGUGAGGAAAGAUUUUUACAAAAAGCCUUAUGCAUACUAUCUGUCUGAUAUUGAUGAUUUUUUAUUGUAA